AUGAGCAGGCCGGAGAGUGGCGGGGGGCCGGGGCUGCCGCCGCUGCCCAAGAGCCUGAGCGGGCUGCUAAACUCCUCCUCGGGCGGCGGCGGCGGGCGCUGGCGGGACCUGGAGCGGCUCUACGCGCAGAAAUCCCGCAUCCAGGACGAGCUGAGCCGGGGGCGGGCGAGCAGCGUCGGCCGAGGCUCCCCCCGGCCGCCCAACCUGGACGCGGCGCUGGCCCUGCUCCGCAAAGAGAUGGUUGGCCUUCGGCAGCUGGAUAUGUCAUUGCUAUGUCAACUGUACUCUCUUUAUGAAUCAAUACAAGAAUACAAAGGGGCAUGCCAAGCUGCAUCUAGUGCAGACUGCACAUAUGCUUUGGAAAAUGGCUUUUUUGAUGAAGAGGAGGACUAUUUCUAG